AUGAACCAUCCAACAUCCAUUGCAGAUCUACUAAACCAUCCUUUACCUCCUCUUAAAGAAUCUCUCCCAUCAACUCCUCUACAAGACUCUUCAACCCCUUCAACUCCAACCGCAUCUUCCUCUACAUCCCCACAACCAGUCCUCUUUAACCACAAUAAACCUGUCAUCAACACUCGUGUCCCUGAAAACAGAAUGAAAAAAUACUGCUACAGACAUCACCCUGAGGUCUCGUGUAAUCGCCAAGCUGAUGCAAACCAAAUGACUGAAAUCCAAGGUGAUAUCGACAAGCUCUCAGAUGUAGACCGUACAGCCAUCUCUCACGUCUGGUCAAUAUUCUCUGCUGCACCAGCAAGCCAACGAUCUCUUAUCCUCAAGGGCCUUCUUGCCCAAUGUUGUUUCCCACAACUCUCCCAAGUCUCUUCCAUGCUCGAUAACCUCAUUCGAAUCGAUUUCCUCUCAGCCCUUCCACCAGAAAUCUCUUUUAAAAUCCUUUCCUAUCUUGACUCAACUUCACUCUGUAGAGCUGCCCAAGUUAGCAAAAAGUGGAAACAAUUAGCAGAUGAUGAUAUUGUUUGGCACAGAAUGUGUGAACAACACAUUAACAAAAAAUGUACAAAAUGUGGCUGGGGUCUGCCGCUGCUCGAAAAGAAGCGCCUUCACGACUCUAAGCGCGCUAUUGAGGCCCGCCUCAAGGCCAUGAAUGAGGGUGCAGCCACAAUAAAUGACCACGGUAAACGUCCAAAUGAAUCUACAUCUUCCUCUUCAGAAAUCCAAACCAAAAAACGACGAACCCGCCCAUGGAAAGAUGUUUACAAGGAGCGCUACUGCAUCGAGGCUAACUGGCGCAAUGGCCGUUACCGUACUCUCACUUUUGAGCACCCAUCCCCAGUCCUGUGUCUCCAGUUUGAUGAACAAUAUCUCAUCACUGGUACUUAUGAUGGCCUCGUCUCGAUCUGGGAUGUGGAAACUGGCAAGCUUGUCCGCACCCUUAAGGGCCAUCUCUCCGCUAUUAGUGCCCUCAAGUUUGAUAACCUCAAGCUCAUCACUGCUUCCCGUGAUACUACCGUCCGUGUCUGGGACUACCGCAAAGGUGACUGCGUUUGCACCUUUCGCGGCCACGAAGGCCCUGUCCUGUGUAUUGACUGCGACCAACGUCUCAUUGCCUCAGGCUCGGCUGACAAUAACAUCAAGGUCUGGAACUUUACUACAAAAACAUGUUUCACUCUCCGCGGACACACCGACUGGGUCCAAAGUGUCCGCGUCCACUCGGCUUCUGGCACUCUCUACUCGGGCUCUCAAGAUGCUACAAUCCGCAUGUGGGAUCUCGUAACCAAAAACUGCAUCCGUGUCUUUAGCCAACCUGGCUCUGAGGGCAGCCAUGUCGCUCAAAUCCAAUCUGUCAUCCCUCUUUACAUUGAUCACCUCCAAGGUGAUGAACAUGGAUGCUCUGUUCCUCCUCGUCGCAACCUUGCUAGACCCCACCAGCCUGCUACCACCUCUUCACAAGAAUCAGAAGACUCAGGUGCUCUUUCGCCCAACUCUUCGCGUCGCCAACUCUCUGAAGAACGUCAAACUUUUGACGACUCGGUUUCUCGCAGAAGUUUCUCUACUCUUGACUCAAACAACCAGCCCACUGUAAGACCAUCCUUCUAUACUCCUCCUCGCUCUUCAGAUCCCUUCAGCGUCGAGGAACGCACCAGACGUAUGAAUGCUCGCCCUACACAUAUCUUGUCUGCAUCUCUCGACUCAACCAUCAAGAUGUGGGAUGUCAACACGGGUGCCUGUGUUCGCACCUUUUUCGGCCACAUUGAGGGUAUCUGGGGGAUUGCCGCAGAUAACUUCCGAGUGGUGUCUGGAUCCCAUGACAAGCUUGUUAAGGUCUGGGACCUGCAAUCGGGCCGCAACUGGCACACCUUUAAUGACCAUACUUCUCAUGUUACUUCUGUGUGUUUGAGCGAUACACGUCUGGCCAGUGGUAGUGAUGAUGGUAUGGUCCGCAUGCUGUGCUUUGAUGACUUUGAGGGGGAGAAGGAUGAAGAGGCUGCUUCAGCUUCAGCUUCUACUUCUACUUCUAGUUCAAGUACACCUGCUGCUACUACGACCACCGAGACUUCUGAGGCAGGACCUUCCAAUGCUUAA